AUGGUGGUGCACAGCCAAGGCGAAUCUCAACUUCCCAUUGCCACGAUCGUAUCCUACGCCCUUUCGUCGUUCGAGGCACUACUGUCCGCACUGGAUGAUACGCUCGCCGAAAGGGCAGCUGCUGUGUCUCGCCUUGCACGGUUCAAGCUAUGGGCCGGAAGUCUGGGCGCGCAUCGCCCGUCGGGAAGUCGCUCGCUUGCGUACCGGCUUCGCGACGCCUCGACAAUUAAGAAUCACGUCGUCUCGUUGCUUCAAGGCCUCUGCGAAUCAGUUGACGAGGGAGUACGGACUGCAAAAGAGACAAGUGGAGAAGUCUCGGUUCUGGCCGCUCAGCAAAAUGUCGAGGUUGAGGAUGGAGACUCGACCGAUGUUGCUCUAGAAGACUACUUCCGGGAUGACGAUGGGCAUUCCGAAUUCGGUCGCAUCCUAGAUGACGUUGGGCACAUCGUCGACUGUCUCUUCAGACUGGCGAUAACGAUCCGGAACCCUGCGCCACACGACCACUUCAAAUCAAGAGUCGGGACAGAUUUGGUCAGCGUCUACGAACAAUGGGAUAUCGAACAUAUCCGCGAGAAAUUCCCUAACGCCCUCCCCGAGCUCGCGGAGCGACUUGGUAAGGCUACCGCACGCCGGCGGCAGUAUUUCAAGUACCGCGAGGAGCAUGUCGGUGAACUUGCCGAGGGACUAGAUACCGCGGAGGUCGUGGAGGGCGAUGGGGGAGACAAGGCAACGACCAAAGCGUCAUCUAUUCCCAACUAUCUCAAGGAAUCGCACGCCAUAGAUAACUUUGCCGAAGUAGACGCCGAGUCCAACAUCUCCAGGACCUCAUACGCUGUGUCGACAGCCAGUGAAACGCAGCUACGAGUCCCUCCGCUGCCAGAGGAGUCCUCUGACGGCCCUUUCCAAUGCCCCUAUUGUCGCACGAUUGUGUCAAUCAACACGAGACACGACUGGAAAAAACAUGUCUUCCGGGAUCUCCGGCCAUACCGGUGCCCCUACGGCAGUUUGUGUGAUGGCUUCGGUUCGGUCCGGGACUUUGAAGAACACGUCAAAGGGAAGCACUCGACCCACGGGUCAUUCGACACGCUGCAGAGACUGAGUAGCCACACUGAUCUCGCGAGAGCUAAAGGGAAUUGCCCUCUCUGUUCCGAUUUCCAUAUCAUCUCGCACAAGCAAUAUAUCUCGCACGUGGCCGCCCAUCUCGAGCAGCUUGCACUGUUUGGUCUGCCUAGUACGAACAGCGAAGGAGAGGAAAUCAACCAUAUCUGGAGCAAAAGCAACAGCCAAGGUGGAGAUGGGAAGGGGGACGAGGUCGAAAGUCCUUCCAGCGUGGAAACCAACUAUAUCGCGCGGCGCGAGCGUACCUACAGCGACCUUGGUAUGGAAGAGAUGGAUGAAGAUGAGGGAGAGUUCACCGCUCCUCUCAGGCAAUUACAUAAGCCGCCACUUGACGUGGGCAGUGAUCCUUACAUUCAAGAAGCAGCACAGGCGUCGGUGCUGGGCGAGAUGGCGGACGCGCUGACGCGCCCCUCCGAGCAACAGGCCAACGAGCAGAUCUUCUCGCUGUCGGCUGCGCAAUACAAUGACCUGACCUGGCAAGAUUUCCUCCAGCAGGCUGCCACGUCCGCCGAAAGGUCGACGAGCCAAGGGAGACGCAAUCUUGCCGGGGCUCUGGCAACCAUGCGCACCUCCGGAAGGCAAGAGCAAGACAACGUGCAUGGAAGGCAGUUAGGGGUGGAUGACACCUCCCCUUCAAGCCCCCUGGUACAGCCCGAUCUAGCCACAGACCCCACGUUUGAGCCAGUACGGCCUCAAAUACCGUCGACGCACUGGAGUGUAUCCGAGACUGAUGGCUUCCCCUGGCUGCUCCGCACUUUCGGCACAGAUUGGGUGAAGAUUGCCGAAUGCAUGACAACCAAAACAGCAGUUAUGGUUGAGAAUUUCUACGCCAGACAUAUAAAAGAGAGCGUCAAGCCAGAGUGGGAGCUGAUUGCAAAGGAGGCCGAUGCCAGGAGGCGGAGGCAGGAGAAGCAGCCCGAGCGCGCUCCUCCUCCUGAUGGACCCUUGGAGCGGAUAAACAAGAUAUUUUUCGGCUUUCAAAAUGAAAUGUGGCCUCGCUGCGAAGAGUUCAUUGCAAACCCCCCAGGGACGGCUUCCGAGGUUAAGGAAAGGCACAGGGCGUUGACUGAAAGGGUGAUGCAAGACGUGCUUUUGUCCCUGGACAACGUGGACAUAGAAAGCAACGAUGGCGCUCGUCAAGCGCGGAAGGGGGCAAUCAUCGCAGUGCGUUACCUGCUGAGCCGUAUGGACGCGGUGCUUCGUUCUUAA